AUGCAAGCUACACUCUAUGCAGGAACUAUUGGACAAAGUGUCUGGAACAGUACCGACAACGGGGACACAUGGCGCAGAGUUAGUAACGGACUCUUUCCGGAGGCCGAUAUUCGUGCCAUAGCCGUCAACCCGAGUGACUCAGACACGCUCUAUGCAGGUACCGAGAACGGUAUCUUCCGAACAAAUAAUGCUGCUGAAUCGUGGCACCACCUUCCAAGCCCUAUGGAUGGACGGGAAGUGUGGUCAAUAGCAGUUGAUUCAAGGACACCAGACACACUUUACGCCGGUACGUGUCCUUCUGCGUUUUUCAAAUCUACUGAUGGCGGUGAUAAUUGGAAGCAACUCAACGUUGACUUGGCACAAGAAUGUGAAGGUAUUCCGAUUAUCCCGCGCGUCACGACCUUUGUGAUUGAUCCCGAAGAUUCGCAAACACUCUAUGCUGGGAUUGAAAUUGAUGGGAUGCGUCUCAGCACUGAUGGUGGUGAAACGUGGACAGAGCGGAGCGAAGGACUCAGUAGUUUGGACAUUCACGGGCUUUGUGUAGUCCCCGGUUCACCCAAAACUAUCAUCGCAGCAACGAACAACGAUGUUUGUGUCACGACGGAUAUGGGCAAACAGUGGACACCGUUAAAUGUCAAGGCACAUUACCCAUGGCCCUACUGCCGUGCGGCGUUUUUCCUCAACGGCGAUGCAGGCAGAGUGUUCAUUGGUGCUGGGAAUGGUCCGCCGGGCGACCAAGGUGGUAUCUUUUCAACUCGUGAUGCAGGAGAAACAUGGGAUCGCUCAGAUAUCGGCAGAACUGCGAACAGCACAAUCUGGACAUUUGCCCAUAAUCCGAAAGUUAACAACUUCUUAAUCGCUUGUAGUGUGAGCGGACAGCUCUAUCGCAGCACAGAUACUGGCGAUUCAUGGACUAAACUUGCACACGAAUUUGGGGAAGUUCGAGCAUUGGCUAUUGGAUAA